AUGCGUUUUUCUCUAGUGCCAUUUCGGGUCAAGGCCUUUCCUGUGGUGACCAUGGUGAAAAGGAGUAAUUGCUCGUCCGUGGAGCCUCAUGAAGGAAAGGUGCAUGCGGACGUGCUCAAGUCCUUCCUGGAACAUGUCGAGCGGCACCCCAUGGACUUCAAACGCAUGAUUCGGGAGCUUCGCAGGGCAAAGAAGCACGAAUGGGACGUUGUAGCAACCUUCGAGAUGAACGAGGAGCAAAUACAGUACCGCGCACCAUCAAAAGUUCAGGAGUCCAGGGUCUGCCCUUUGCCGUUCAUGGACAAGGGCAAGUCAAUUGUCGCCCAGCUGCAACCAGGUGCUCUCGUCACCUUUCAGGGCACUCAGGAGGUCUUCAUGAGGAACCUUACGGUGAAGCGACUGCACGCCGCCACGGGCUUUUGGAACUGCAACCCGCAGAUCAGCGGCCGAGCGGAGGACUGCCGCCCGCCGCCCUGCCCGAUUCUUCGCAGGAAAGAGCCACCGCCCUUGGCGCCGCCGGUCGCCGCGGGCUCUCUGGGCGAAACGCAGAGGCACUUCGUGGCACAGCCGCAAGCCGUUGGCAACGGCUGGCGCAACGACGGCCGCUGCGGGGCUCAGUUCCCUACGGCCAACGGCUCGCCCGGCCGCUGA